UCAGGCUGUGCCAUCUCAUCUCCUGCUCAGGCCCUCACCAGCCCGGCAAGGAGAGAGGAAAAUCACUUGGAAUGCAAAUGCUGGAAAAGCAGGAAAUGCCUCACCCGCAGUGUUAACUGCUGUUAAUGGUUAAUGCGCCGGCAAUUUAAACCUGGCCAGGUGCAGGGCCUGAUGCUUCUUGUGAGGCUGGGAGAGGGAAGGAUCGGCGCCGUCAGCCCUGGCAGCGCAGGGGGCUUUGGCUCCCCGGGCUCUCUCGGGCUGCGAUCCUCUCCCAGCUGGGGCUGGCCCUUGCGCCUGCCGGGGGUCACGGGCAGGUGCAGCCCCACAGGUGUCGUCUGUCCCUUCUCUUCCUCACACAGAGCCGAGCCGGGCUGACCCUGAGCACAGAGCACCAUGUACGAGCUCAACGAGAGCAGCUUCGACCCCAUCACCUUUGUCCUGACGGGCAUCCCGGGCAUGGAGGAGUCCCACGUCUGGAUCUCCGUGCCCUUCUGCCUGAUGUACCUCACCGCGGUGCUCAGCAACCUGGUCCUCCUGGGGGUCAUCGCCACGGACCGCAGCCUCCACGAGCCCAUGUACCUCUUCCUGGCCAUGCUGGCCCUCUCCGACCUCUUGCUCUCCACCACCACGGUGCCCAAGAUGCUGGCCAUCUUCUGGUUCAGCGCCAGGGAGAUUUCCUUCGACGCCUGCGUCACGCAGAUGUUCUUCACGCAUUUCAGCUUCAUCGUGGAGUCCUCGGUGCUGCUGGCCAUGGCCUUUGACCGCUACGUGGCCGUGUGCGACCCGCUGCGCUACGCCGCCGUGCUGACGCCCUCGGUGAUCGCCAAGAUCGCCGCGGCCGCCGUGGCCCGCGGCUUCUGCAUCAUGUUCCCGCCCAUCUUCCUGCUCAAGAGGCUGCCCUACUGCGGGCACAAGGUGAUGCCCCACACCUACUGCGAGCACAUGGGCAUCGCCCGCCUGGCCUGCGCCGACAUCCGCGCCAACGUCUGGUACGGGCUGACCACGGCGCUGCUCUCCUCGGGCCUGGACGUCGUGCUCAUCGCCGUCUCCUACGGGCUCAUCCUCAGGGCCGUGUUCCGCCUCCCGUCCCCGGAGGCUCGCCUCAAAACCCUCAGCACCUGCGGCUCCCACCUCUGCGUCAUCCUCAUGUUCUACGUGCCCGCCUUCUUCUCCUUCCUCACGCACCGCUUCGGCCACCAGAUCCCCAGCCACGUGCACAUCCUCCUGGCCAACCUCUACGUGGUGGUCCCGCCCAUGCUCAACCCCAUCGUGUACGGCGUGAGGACCCGGCAGAUCCGGGAGCGCGUCGCCCGCCUGCUCUGCCCCGCGGGGGAGUGUCCCUGCCCCGCCCGGGGGGGCAGCUGCUGAGCAGGGCACGGGGAUGUGGGAUGGGGUCGGAAAGCAGCACCAAGGGCUGCAGCACUCCCUGGCCUGGAGGAACCGGCGUGCCCAAGGGGAUCAAGGGAAGCUGAAGGUGGUGUGAUGUCUGGAAACGUGGGCUUGGGUCAUCAGCACCUUCACUGCUGCCGGUUUCUCCUGGAGCUGCUUCCCCUGAGUUUCCUUCAUUGGCAGAGACUGGGCAGGUUCCGCUGAGGAGCAUCAAGGCACUGACACCUGCUGACUCACCGUCACCUGCUGCAGCUGGUCAUGUCUGCUGUCCUGCAGCUUCACUUCUGCCUGUUCCUUCGCCUUUCCAAGUGUCCAGACCAUGAACACCUUGUUGGUUGCCAGACUGAAGCACGGCACGCCAGGCAUGGCUGGAUGGGCAGCACGGCUCACCACGGCACACAGGGGGUACAGGACAUCCUCCUGUCCUCAUUGCUGAGGGACCCUGGCACUUCUUCCUGCUGAAGGUGUUUCCCUGCUGGGGUGCCCUGAGAGCUUGGGAAAGGCUUUACUGUUGUGUGUUUGAGGGAAACAUUCCCUUAAACCACGACUCCCAAAUGCAACUCAAGCCUUUAAGGUGGUGUGUGAAGGGACAGUGGUCUCCUACACCCACCACACCCCACAGGAAUGCUUCCUGUCCUGGCCAGUGCAACUCUGCUCAUCCGGGCAGCGACCAGAGAGUUUUAGUUGUGGUGAUUAGGGAGCCCCUUCUGGAGGCUCCACAGUCCAGCCCUCGUGGCAAUGCCAGUGGGGGAUGGUCUGACCCUGUGUCCCCAGUGAGCCCCACAAAGGCUCCGGUGUGUUCCUGAGGUUACCCGUGGGAUGGAGCAGAUCAGCCAUUUCUGCAGAGGGUCCUUUUGCCCUGACUGAGGGCAGCCAGCCCUUGCCAGUCCCACAGCCUGACUGGGCUGCAGAGCCCCUUCAGACCUGCCCGAGGGGGGAAACCACUGCUGCACACCUGGGCCUCAGGGGUGUCUCACCUGGAGGGGGUGGUGGCCCCGGGGGUGCUGGGGCACGGCUCUGCCAGGACCUGGACUCGGUGAAAUGCUGUGCAACCGUUCUGGCUGGGGCUGAUCAAACCUGGUGCUCCUGGUGGAGGGCAGGAGCCAGGGACACACCGGGUGUGUUCAGACCUGGAGGGCACAGGGGCUGAGACCAACUCAGCAACCCAACGGGCAAACUCUGCUCCAGCCACACCAGACAUGCUGCCACGGCUUCAAAAGAAAACGGGAAGAGAUUCAUGAUUUCAGAUCAAAACCCCCAAAAGUUUUUCGCUUUAGCAACACAUUACUUCUUGUCUUUAUUUUCCUCUGAUUUGAUCAAAGGUGGCACCCUGUGACGGGCACAGGGGAAAUGAAAGUCUGUUCAUUAAAAGCUGUUUGUCUACCUGCGGAGAUAACGGAGCUGGGUACAAAA